AAAGGAAGCUAAUUUAAAUGUUUCCAGCGUGGAGUCCCUGUGUUCAAUGUCAAAUCAUGCGCAGUAGUAGAUGCAAUGUUCUAAAAAUGGCGGGUAAAUAUAACUUACAUGAGUUAAAUUGCCUCCUGUAGCAUUUAUCUUUCAUUUAUAGCCUUGUUAGAAUAGACGGUGAAAAUGGCUCCAGUAGAUCUUUCCGAGACGCCUCCAUCCAGUCCGACUUGCAGUCCGCCACGUAAAAAGGCUAAAUUUUCACUACGUUUGAAGGGGAAAAGCAAAUCAAAGAAAGAGCAAGAUGGAAAUGAAGAAUCCAAUGACACAGGCCCGCAGAAAAAUGACAAAUUUUUUCCCAUCUUUCGUUCACCAGCUCAGGAAAUYGAUGGUAMUCCUGGAAUGGAAGUUGUACCUGCUCUGCCAUCAUAUGCGCUUUCUGGUUUGUURAAUAGGGGGAAUAUCUGYUAUGCAAAUGCGGUUUUACAAGUUUUGCGUCGAUGUCCAGGCUUUGAACUGUUUGUCAGCCAACUUGCWAAAGAUAUUCAGAUGAUAGAAGAUACAUGUGAUAAUGAAAAGGAUACAAAUAUUGAACCAAAAUACCUUGUAACUCACCUAUGUAAGCUUCUUAGUGAGAUGUUAACGUGUGAAGUUGAUUUCCUGACKGACAAGGAAAAUUGUGAACAUUUGAAGUGCAAAGGACCUAACUUUGUAUUGGCUGCAGAACCACAUGACUUCAUGACAGCCUUCAGAGAACUGUAUCCAUCYUUUGAAUGCAACUUACAGCAUGAUGCACAAGAGUUCCUGUGCUCUCUGAUAAUGGCACUGCAGGAAUCAGCCAAUGAAAUCAAAAAGCACUACUCCAAAACUCCUUUGCCUCCACUAAGAAAAUCAUCCACUAAACACAACAGGUCUCUCAAAUCUUUACAAGAAGGUGCUUCCUUCAUCAAACAGUUGUUCCAAGGCAAGCUAGUGCACCAAACAAAGUGUCUCAAUUGUGAGCAAUCCAAACUGAGGUACGAGGACAUCCAGGAAGUAAGUGUUCCUGUAGUUGAGGACCAGCCAUACUUGGAUGCCAGGAAGAAGUUAAUGCUGUCCCCAACACCAAAGAAGAACAAAUCCGAUGUUCGUACUUUACAGUGGGCAAUCUCACAAUUUGCCUCCAGUGAAUGCCUGCAGGGUGACAACAAAUAUUUCUGUGAAAACUGCAAUACWUAUUGUGAGGCUAGGAUUAGUACUUGUUUUGAAGAGCUACCUAGAGUGCUGACUGUACAUCUAAAGAGAUUCACAUCAUCUAUCGGACUUUCAUCUAAGAUUACCAGUAACUUAGCAACUCCUCUUUCUUUAUCGGUACAAGAAUGGUGCUCCAAGAAAUGCCAGUCAAAAAGCAGUGUUUAUGAGUUGUUUGGCAUUGUGUUACACAGUGGUUUGACGUCAGGUAGUGGCCACUAUGAGACUUACAUUAGAAUACCAAYGACUGACCAAAAGAACCAGAAUAGCRUGACAGUAAAUGGUACUAAAGUAAGUAAWGGUGAUGMAGUUACUGAGAACAAAGRGGAACCAAUUUCUAGAUGUGAGGCAGGGAUUACAAAUGAUAUGAAACCGUCUAUCAAUCAUAACACAGACACUCAUAACAAACACAUUGAUAGCAAUCCUACACACAGCACAACCUGCGAUUUAACAACUGAAAGGAAAAGUAAAGAACCAAGCAGAGAUAGUAACAAAGUGAUUGAUAAUAUUGCUUCAUCAGACGGUAAUAUUAUUGAUACAGUAAUGAAAGAUACCACCUCAAAGCACAGUAAUAGAAAUGAAAUUAACAAUAUUGCUUUAAAUGCAAACCAUGACAUUAAUGCAGAAACAAACAAUGCAGCAAAGUUUGAUAUCAAUCAAAACUGUGUUGAAAGCCAUGAAGUGAAAUCACUGGAGGAUAAUGGUUUGAAAAGACCUUCUAAAAGACAUCUCAGGCCUAGAAAASCAAAGAAAUCUUCCACUGAUUUAACAGUAGAGGAAUCCAACAAGCGUUCAGAUCCAGGUGAGRUACCAAGCACUCAACAGAAAGAUGAAAAAGCCGUAGAGAGUAAUAUGAGUCCUUUGAAUUCUCAUGGAAAGUCRUCUUGCAUCUCUUUGAUUACUAAGUACUUUCAAAAAUCCAAAAAACAAUCAAAUAAUUCAAAGUUGGAUAAACCAGAACAGCAUGUUGUUGAAAAAGGCAAAAGAAAUGGGAAUGGAGAAGACUGUUCAGGUAAAGAGUGUARCCAUGAUGAGYCAAAGAAGGCCWCYAAUCAGAAGRUCAAUAGAACCAUUGAAGAAUCAUUUAGAAGGAUUACCUCUACAAAAUCUUCUACCAUUCGCAAACUCAAUUUUAUCAAUGAUUCAUYGGAAAAUAAAGAAAGCAGUGAAUCUGAUGAGCAAGGCGUUGCAGACRAUGUAUUGUCUGUAAACAACAAGAAUUGUCACCAAGAAUUGCUAACCAAAGACUGGGUGCAUUUUGAUGACUGCUCUGUUGAUAGUGUURCAGAGAAGGACAUUAUUGAUGUACUAUCUGCAUCAGAAUCUUCUUUUAUGUCACCUUAUUUACUCUUUUAUCAAAAGUCUGAUAUUAUUUUGUAAACUUAAGAAUGUUGUAUAUUGUUGAAUGUUGAAUAUUGUAAUAUUUUAAUACUUCCCAAAUUAAAUUUAUCUAAUGAGCUAACUGUACAUAUUGUAUA